AUGGAUUCACGAGAAACUCAAGAAGCGGCAUCUACCGCUACGCCCGAUGCGUCUCGGAUGAAGCUUCAGCUCCCAGCGAGCUGCGACCCUCCACAACCGGGAGCGUCCGUCAAGCCGCUGGUCUGGAUUGUAUUCGGAGGCACCGGCCACAUGGGCCGUUCCCUCGUCAAGUGCGCCCUCGCCCACGGCGAUUCCGUUACCACAGUCGGGCGGGUCCUCGAGACCAGCCCCGAAGCCAUCGCCUCACUCAACAGCGACACCUGCCUCGGCCAGCUCUGCGACGUGCGCGACAGCGCCUCCGUCGCACGCGUCAUCGAGCACACGCUCGACCGCUUCGGCCGCAUCGACUGCAUCGCCAAUUGCUCCGGGUACGGCGUGAUCGGCGCGUGCGAGGACCAGGACGAGCACGACGUGCGCAACCAGUUCGAAACCAACUUCAUGGGCACCCUGCAUAUCGUGCAGGCCAGUCUGCCCUACUUCCGUCAGCAAAACGGCGGCCGCUACCUAAUCUUCAGCUCCACCUCCGGCGCGCUGGGCGUGCCGGGUUUGGGCCCCUAUUGCGCAACCAAGUACGCGGUUGAGGGUUUGAUCGAGGCGAUGUUGUAUGAAGUGGACGUGUUUAACAUCCGCGCGACGCUGGUGGAGCCCGGGCUGGUGCGCCGCGAUGAACCGGACUCCAAGACCAACCCGCUGCCGACCUGGGGCCAUUUUCUGAUCAAGCCGGCGAGCGAGGCGUAUUCGCACGCAACCUCGCCCGCGCUGCAUGCGAAGCGGAUGGUACAGUGGCUUGGUGACCGGCAGCCGACCAGCGCUGUCAAGUGUGCCGAGUUGGUCUGGCAGCUGGGCCACUGCUCGUACCCGCCGCUACGCUUGCUGCUGGGGAGUUAUGCUAUUGAGAGUAUCCGUGACCGGUUGCGGUCGGUUACGGAGGAGUUGGAGGAUUGGAAGCACCUGAAUUACCCGGCCGCUCCGGAUGCGCCCGGCGGUGAUGAUAAGGGGGAGAAGGCAGAGCGCGAUGAGAAGAGUGGUAGGGAAGAUCAGGGGGGUGCGGAGGAAAAGGACGAUGGUGGUGGUGAAGAAGAAGAGGAAAAGGACGAGGUUAUGGGAGAGGGAGAGGGAGAGGCUGAUGGAGAUGGUGAGAAAGAAAAAAGGCGGGAAAAUGACGAUGCUAUGGAGGGGGUCACUUCUGAUGCUAAUGAAGGCGGGGAGAUUGUGGUAAUGGAGACAACGCCUGGAAGGUGA